CGCCUCUCUCAUCUCCGCAGAGCUCCGCACAGAGCGGCUCACCGCCUCAUUUCGGGCUCGCCUUGUAUAGUCAACAGCACCGUCUCAUCUCCUACUGAAACAACCCACUGCUGUCACACGCACGCGUGAAAUAUGACGUGAUGCUGUUGCCACCGUCCCAUUCAGCCGUGUGUCGGGAUCCUCCCUUCAGACAGUCGUGCGUAUGCGCUGCUGGGAACGACAUUGUGCAGAGCGGUGUUUAAGCAGAAAGCGAGCUGUUAACAGAGACAAAUCAAUAGCUAACUCAAUCCCGAUUGAUUUUCCUGCGGCAAUGUAAAGAUGGCGAGAGUGCUCCAGUACUUGCUGUUAAUUCUGAUGAGUCUCGCGCUGAGAAUCAGAGUUGUGGGCUACUGGUCGCUGAUCUACGGUUAUUGUGCGCUUUGCACCAUCGUAGCCCUGCUGAAACUUUGCUGGAACAUCAUCCUGAGGCCGACUGCCACCUUCCAAUGGGGGGUCCGUGAGACUCCCCCGGCUUGUCUGAAUGACACGUCCUUGGGAACCCACUGCUAUGUUCGGAUCAAGGAGUCGGGCCUGAGGUUCCACUAUGUGGCUGCUGGAGAGCGUGGAAAGCCACUCAUGCUGUUCUUACACGGAUUCCCUGAGUUCUGGUUCUCCUGGCGUUACCAGCUGCGUGAGUUUAAGAGUGAGUUCCGCGUGGUGGCCGUGGACAUGCGGGGCUACGGGGAGUCCGACCUGCCGCUCUCCUCUGACAGCUACAGCUUCGACAGCCUGGUCACCGACGUCAAGGACAUCGUGGAGUACCUAGGAUACAACAGAUGUUGCCUCGUUGGGCACGACUGGGGCGGGACUAUAGCCUGGCUGUUUGCCAUCCAAUACCCAGAGAUGGUGACCAAACUCAUCGUCCUGAACAGCCCCCAUCCCUCUGUGUUCACAGAUUACGCUCUUCGUCACCCGAGCCAGCUGCUGAAGUCCAGCCAUUUCUUCUUCUACCAGCUGCCCCGCUUCCCCGAGCUCAUGUUCUCCAUCAAUGAUUUCAAGGUGGUCUGUUGUGUGGGCUUAAGCACUUUCAAGGUCAAGGUUGUGUGUGCUAGCAUCCUCUGUGUGUUGUGUGUGCAUGCACAUGCGUUCAUAUGCAUUGUUGUAUGUUGCAUGAUAUCACAUGUCCUCAGCUCCCUCCCCCUGAGCCAGAACCAUGUCCGGUCUCCUGUGCUGCUGCUGUGGGGGGAGCGAGAUGCCUUCUUCGAGCAGGAAAUGGCCGAGGCAUGCCGCCUCUACAUCCGGAAUCAUUUCCGUCUCAACAUCAUAUCUGGGGCCAGUCACUGGCUGCAGCAGGACCAGCCUGAUAUUGUGAACACCCUCAUAUGGACCUUCCUGAAGGAAGGAGAGGGACGCAAAAGCUACAGGAACUAAAUCCACAGCGAGGCCUCCUCCACCCCCCCCCCCCCCCCCCCCCCUGCCCCUCUCGCUUGCCACACCUGGAAGCCUGGAAUAUGCCUGUGAUACCAAGCAACAUAGUGAUAAUGCAAUCAUUCUUUAAAUCUUUCACAUUCGAGAUAUUUUUUAAAGACGUCAGCAGCAAAGGAAAAGAAACAAAGCACACCUCACCAGAGAGGACACUGAGCAGGACGUGUGACACAUAUAUUCAAGAUGUUUUUUGCACAUGACAUCCGCCUUAAAGUUUUUCAGUUACAGCAUUACAAAUGUGCAGCAGAAUCUCUUGUGACUUGUAUUGUGUGGUGCCUUUUAACUUUGGAGUUGUAGAGAUGUCCUGAGAGGCAAGGAUGUGCACUUGUAUGUUUCACCGGGUCGCUCCACUCUUCUUUGGGCACAGUCCUUCGGGAGCCAUCGCUCUCCCACUCCCUUUAUCAGGUAGUGUUGUCGAAAGAAGCUUUCUUUUUUUGUAUUUUUUCCUCAGAGAUGCUCAAAUGUAGAGAAUGUUGUUAUCUUGAUCUUCCUGUAUAGACACGUCAGUGAUGUUUGACUAUUGUACUAUUUUGUAUCUAUUCCUACACACUGCAUUUUGAAAUUCACAGAGCCAAGUCUACACCUUUUGAUUUUAUAAAUAAACUAAGUGUCAAUCUGUUUGACUGCA